CAGGAUGCUGAGAGAGGCUGCUGGGGUGAAUGGAGGCGACAAGAUGCCGUCUAGAGCAGCGAAGGAGAGGAAAUAACAUCGAUAAAGAUCUGACUUUGAUGUGCUCCACCUUUUAAGGCAUGAAAUAAGUCACCCAUGUGUGGUUCACAAAGUGAAAGCAUUCUCAUUUCAACGUACCCCUGUUAAGGACCCUCUGGUGGCUUCGAUUCACAGGACAUGUACGGCAGUGCCAGAGCUGUAGGCCAUAUAGAGAGCAGCCCCGCACGGUCCCCGCGCCUGCCAAGGUCCCCCAGACUGGGCCAUCGGAGGGCCAACAGUAGGGGCGGGGGUAGUGCGGGGGGCAAGACGCUCUCCAUGGAGAACAUCCAAUCCCUCAAUGCUGCCUAUGCUACGUCGGGGCCCAUGUACUUCAGUGACCACGAGGGCGUGGGCUCCACUGCCACCUACCCCAAAGGCACUAUGACUCUGGGUCGCGCCACCAGCCGGGCCAUGUACGGGGGACGCGUCACAGCCAUGGGCAGCAGCCCCAACAUUGCUUCAGUGGGGCUGCCUCAUGCUGACCUUCUGUCUUACAGUGACCUGGGCUCCCUCUCCAUGCUGCAUCCCCACCACCACCAGGGGGUUCCCUCGGCCCUGCUGAGGCAGGCAGUGCGAAGCAGUGGGGGGGAGCUGCUGGAGAUGCAGGCCCAGUUCAGGGAGAUGCAGAGGGAGAAUGAGAUGCUGCGCAGGGAGCUUGACCUGAAGGACAGUAAAUUGGGAUCUUCCACCAACAGCAUCAAGAGCUUCUGGAGUCCUGAGCUGAAGAAGGAGAGGAUAAUGAGGAAAGAAGAGGCGGCACGCACAUCAAUCCUUAAAGAGCAGAUGAGAGUCACUCAUGAGGAGAACCAGCUGCUGGAUGCCAGGAGAACCAAGCACCUCCAGAUGACCAUCCAAGCUCUGCAGGAUGAGCUGCGCACACAGCGAGACCUGAACCACCUGCUGCAGCAAGAGAGUGGUAACCGUUCUGGCUCUGAGCACUUCACCACCAUCGAGCUGACAGAGGAAAACUUCCGUCGGUUGCAGGCCGAACACGACAGGCAGGCCAAGGGGCUCUUCCUGCCGGGAAAAACACUGGAAAUUGAGACCCAGAAACAGACACUGGGUGCUAGAGAUGAGUCCAUUAAGAAGUUGCUGGAGAUGUUACAGAGCAAAGGGCUUCCCCCGGGGCCAGGCAGAGCAUCUGAGGAGGAAGAGCAAGAGAGAGCCAGACGUAUUGCUGAGGCAGAAGCCCAGCUGGGACACCUAGAGGUCAUUCUGGAUCAAAAGGAGAAGGAGAACAUUCAUCUGCGAGAGGAAUUGCACAGAAGAAAUCAGCUGCAUCAAGAUCCAAGCAAAACCAAGGCACUGCAGACCAUCAUAGAGAUGAAAGACACCAAAAUUGCCUCUCUGGAGCGCAACAUCCGAGAUCUGGAGGAUGAGAUCCAAAUGCUGAAGGCAAACGGCUUACUGAACACAGAGGACAGAGAGGAGGAGAUCAAACAGAUGGAGGUCUACAAGAACCACUCUAAGUUUAUGAAGACCAAGAUCGACCAGCUGAAGCAGGAAUUGUCAAAGAAAGAGUCGGAGCUGCUGGCUUUGCAGACAAAACUAGAGACCCUCAACAACCAGAACUCAGACUGCAAACAGCAUAUCGAGGUGCUCAAAGAGUCUCUCACUGCCAAGGAGCAACGUGCUGCCAUCUUGCAGACAGAGGUGGAUGCUCUGCGUCUGCGCCUGGAGGAGAAAGAGUCCUUCCUGAACAAGAAAACCAAGCAGCUGCAGGACCUGACUGAGGAGAAGGGCACUCUUGCCGGAGAAAUCAGGGACAUGAAGGACAUGUUAGAGGUCAAAGAAAGGAAGAUCAAUGUCCUGCAAAAAAAGAUUGAGAACCUGCAGGAGCAGCUGCGGGACAAAGACAAGCAGCUGGGGAACCUGAAGGACAGGGUGAAGUCUCUGCAGACUGACUCCAGUAACACUGACACUGCCCUGGCCACACUGGAGGAAGCGUUGUCAGAGAAGGAGAGGAUUAUAGAACGUUUAAAGGACCAAAGGGAGAGAGAAGACAGAGAACGCCUGGAAGAAGUGGAGUCCUAUAAGAAGGAGAACAAGGAUCUGAAGGAGAAGGUCAACAGUCUGCAGAUAGAGUUAACAGAGAAAGAGUCCAGUCUCAUCGAUCUGAAGGAACAUGCUUCAUCCCUGGCGUCUUCAGGCCUCAAGAAGGAUUCAAAGCUCAAAUCACUGGAGAUCGCCAUCGAGCAGAAGAAAGAGGAGUGUAGUAAGUUGGAGACGCAGUUGCAGAAGCAAGCUGAGCAGCUAUUCAGUCACAUGAACAAUCCUAAGGCCCACGAGGUGGAGCAGCAGUCAGGCUCCAGAGGGAACCCAGACUACGUGGACCGAGUGAAGCUGCUGGAGAAGGAGGUGAGCUACUACAAGGAUGAGGCCAGCAAGGCUCAGGCAGAGGUGGAGAGGCUGCUGGACAUCCUGCGGGAGGUAGAGACCGAAAAGAAUGACAAGGACAAGAAAAUCGCAGAGUUGGAAAGCCUUGCUCCCAGACAAGGAGGCAAAGACCAGACUAAGAAGGGUCCAAACAUCAAAAUGGGAUCACAAGGGGACAAGAAAGGCUUAGGUCAGGACCUUCGUAAAGACAGCUCCAUGGAUAGCGGUCAUCACUUAAAGUUGGAGGAGCUAAUGAACACCUUGGAAAGGACAAGGCAGGAGCUGGAUGCCACCAAGCAGCGUCUCUCCUCCACACAGCAGUCCCUGCAGGAGAGGGACACCCACCUCACCAACAUGAGACAAGAGCGCAGGAAACAGCUGGAGGAGAUCCUGGAGAUGAAACAACAAGCCCUGCUGGCAGCCAUCAGCGAGAAAGAUGCUAAUAUUGCACUGCUGGAACUAUCUGCCUCCAAUAAGAAGAAGACCCAGGAGGAGGUGCUGGCCCUCAAGAGGGAGCGGGACAAACUGAUGCACCAGCUCAAACAACAUACACAAAGCCGAAUGAAGCUGAUAGCUGACAACUAUGAAGAUGAGCAGUAUCAUCCACAUGGUCCUCACCACAUCCAACCUCAACCGCCACACACUCAACCUCAACCCCAGCCCCAGUACACCCACCCUCCUCAUGCCCAGCAGACUCCAUAUCCACAUGCCCCACAUCCACAACACCCUCAGCACCCACAGGCCCCGCCACAGCACCCACAUGCCCAGCAGCCACAGCCACAGUACCCUCACCCUCCCCACCAACAGCACCCCAUGCAGCACCCUCAGCACACCCAACCACCACUCCAGCAGCACCCACGUCCCCCACAGCCCCAACACCCUCACCAACAGCACCCCCAGCACCCCCCACAGCACCCGCAUGGACAUCCUCCUCCUCUGCAGCACCCUCACCCGCAUGGCCCUCCCCAACAAGGACCACAUCCCCAACACCCGCAUCCGCAGCAUCCUCAGCACCCACAGCACCCACAGCACCCACACCAUGCCCAGCAUCCGCGUCACCCAUCGCCCCAUCAUCGUGGAGGGCCACCCCGAGGACCUCCACAUGCCGGUCACCGCCCCUCCAUGGACCAGGAUGAUGAGGAGGGUAUUUGGGCAUAAUCCUUGCAGUGACAACCAAAGCUCUAUUGUUGUUUUGGAGGGAUGAUUCAGUCACUACUGGGGGAGCACAGCCAUGCCAUGAUGUUGAAACACUAACCGAUCAAACAUGUAUUACCUCCACUCAAUCAACAAUGGGACUUUUGUUUAUUUUCUGGGGAAGAGGAGGGUGCACUCAGGUGUGCAGGUCAUGUGGGGAGCAGGUGACCUGGGACCUUUUCUUACACUUCCACCAUACAGGAUCACAGAUAUGGGACUGACUGGAUAGAAAGAGGCAGAUGCUGAUGUUCAUGCAGAGACCGAUGGGCUCUGUGACUUUUGAAUGGCAGCCCUGUUUCAGGUCUCACUAAGGUUACCUUACCUGUGUAUCACCUGCUGAAUGCUCCACCUCUUCAGGCCAACAACGCACUCUUGAUCCUCCUAGCAGAGAUUUCAUGACUGUCUGCCGGCCCAGUAUUUUUUGCUUUAUCCACUGGUUCAAGAUUAUGGUCGUCUUGCUGUCUGUUUCACCUGCCUGGCUGACUCCUCUGGCUCUGGUUGGCUCCUCCCUGCCUGAUUCUGUCAUGGUUUUUUUUAAUCCUCACUGCCCCGCUGACCCAGCUGGUGACAUCUGACCCCUCUGCCUGGCUAUCAUGUGUAUCUCUUCUCUUUUUUUACUCAUGCGAAUAUGCCAAUGAGCUGUAUUUACCCUCUGUGACACAAAGUAGUUUCCCUUCACUAGCAUGUCUCUCACACGCAUACCAGAGCUGAACAAUUUUAGGUCUUUUGUUGUCAUUCCUUGUUGGCAAAAGGAAGAGCUUUGAGCUGACUGAUAGUAUGCCUUUAGCCUUGCCUGCAGCAUCGGGGGGUAUCCACGUCUGCAUGCACAGGGCCCUCUGGUUCUUGGGUUUUGCUUUAGCCUCAAAGCUGCAGUUGCCAUCAGUGUUUCUCUUCUUGUUACCUCAUUUUAAUCAGAAGUAGUCAGAAAAGGAAUCAAUCUAUGCAGACGUCAACAUAGCAUGAAUGCAUUAUUUCCCCAUCUUUACUCAGAUUUGUCAAAGUGUAAUUAGCCAACCAAUCAGAGCGGCCAAGAGAGCGGUCAGACAAUAUUCAUCAGAUUAUCCUGAGUUACUGAGACUAUACACCUAUGCACCUCCUCCUCCGUGUUGCAGGACUUUUUACUAAUGGUGCUUCUGCUGGUGCUCGAGCUAAAUGGUGUCAGAAGACCUGGUCAAGAGCAUCUUGCGGUCCUUUCACAGUAAAAGGACUAACUCUUACAAUGGGCUUCAUAAACAACUGUUAAAGACUGCUUUGUACAUAUGAUUUGACAGCGGGGUUGUUUGUGAACAACAGUCAAUUCAAGACCCACACAGAGGUGAUGUCCCUCUCUGAACACUGCUACUAUAAAUACCAUUAUAGAUUAUGAAGUGGAGGCAAUGUCAGCAGUUGUUUUUCCUGCAGGUCUAUUUAUACCAUUGACACCCCAGUCUCUGACCUAUGGUGUGCUCCUGCUCCCCUCUCCUGUUCUCUUUCAGCAGUAGUCCGUGUGACCUCCCCAAUCAUAGUGACUUGUUUUCUCCUCCUCAACAAGGUGGCCUGUGCCUCAUAAAAACAUGUACACAUAUAUGAUAGAUAUGCAUAUAUUAUACAUAUAGAGAGAAAUCUAUAGAGUGUGUCUAUAUGUGGUCGGAAAAUUGCUUCAAACUGACAAGAUACUAUAUGUUUUUUCUUCAUGGUUAUUUUUCUAACUGGCUGGAGGUCAGAGAGGUGUUUUAUUUAAAGUGUUGAGUGGUGUGACUUUCCUCUGAUUUGUAAAUUGAGAGAAAACUCCUCAGCAGCAAGUAACAUUCCCUGUCUGAAAAUACAGGACAGCCCAAAAGAAAAAAAAAAGUGCUUCAGAGCAGUUUAUGGAAAAUAGAUGUGUAUCUAAAUCUAUCUAGAAGUCUAGAAAAGAUGACAUUAUUACAUUCCUUUCCAAAUGUGAAUA